CGUGAUCCAGUCCGGGGUUUCGCUCAUAUCUUUCUUCAACGUAACGUUACCCUACUAUGUGUGUGAGUGCAUGAGUGUGUGUGUGUGUGUGUGUGAGAGAGAUCGAGCCUUGUUUACAGCGUCAAUUCAACGGAGAGAGACUACAGGAUCUACUCUACAUCCUUCACAUCUCCUAAAUGAACACAGAUCCGAUCCCUCACACAUAAUCUGUGUCCUCCAUUGCCCGCGUCUUGAAGGGAAAAAUCAAGGUCUGAAAUCUCAGACUGAAGAUGGUGGGAGGCAGAGAGAGACCAUUUUAAAGCCUGGACGGAUAUUAUUUGGCAUCUUUCUGAGUUUCUCCACCGAUUUUAGGCCUUUAAGAACGCUGGAUGAGAAGUGCUAGGCUUCUUGCAGCUGAUGAAGAUCACACACACAUAUAGGCACACACUAGUCCAGACUGAUUUAACCAGCGGAUCUAAGCGGGUUUCACUGGACUACAGCUAAAACCAGCCUGCCAGGAGACCUACAACGUGUUUUUCUAAAUUUUCCCAAGACAUGGAGCAUGGAAUUGCGGAUUAUCGAGCCGUUACGUGUUUUUCUGGGUUAUUUUCACAUAUAUCGAUGAGGAAAAGCUGUCAAAAAUAAUAUUAUACACGGUUAAGCAGCACGAGAAUCAGUGCAGUUGAAUCCGCCUCAUGGUGAGGGCAAAGCGGGCUGGGUCUGCUGGAUAAUCUCGCUGGGGUGUCUGGAGGGUCAUUUAUCCCAGCAAAAACACCACGAAGAUGGACGAAAUUGGUUUUGUUUGAUUAUUUCCAGCUGCUGUGUAUCUAUUUUUUUUGUUUUCACCCCCUCCAUAAGGAGGCACCAAGCUGGAUAAACCAACUUUGAUGAUAUUUUUUGUACUGUGAAGACUUCAAGCAUCAUCCACUUUAAAGGGAAUGAGGUCUAGCAGACAGAGGCGAUAUUGGACCUUGUUUUGUGGUCUGGUCCUGGUCCUCUCUACACUUUGUCAUGGAGAAAUCUGUGGUCCAGGCAUUGACAUUGGCAAUGACAUCAGUAAUUUCAAGCGGCUGGAGAACUGUACGGUGGUUGAGGGAUACCUGCAGAUCCUCCUCAUUGGAAGCAAAAACAAUAACAACCAGGAGGUCUUCCGCACCCUCAGUUUCCCCAAACUGACCAUGAUUACGGAUUACCUUCUCCUCUUCCGCGUAUCCGGGCUGGACAGCCUCAGUACUCUCUUUCCAAACCUUACCGUGAUCCGGGGCCGUAACUUGUUCUACAACUACGCCCUGGUCAUAUUUGAGUUAACCAGCCUGAAGGACAUCGGCCUUUACAACCUGCGUAACAUCACGAGGGGUGCGAUACGAAUCGAGAAGAAUCCCGAGCUCUGCUACCUGGAUUCUGUGGACUGGUCUCUCAUUAUGGAUGCUGAAAUUAACAAUUUCAUUGCUGGAAAUAAGCAGUCCAAGGAGUGCGGGGACGUUUGCCCGGGAAUCAUGGAGGACAACCCUCAGUGUAUCAAGACUAACUUCAACAGCAAUGACAAUUACCGAUGCUGGACUUCCAACCAUUGCCAGAAAGUUUGUCCGAAGUGGUGUGGCCAGCGGGCGUGCACGGACUCAGGCGAAUGCUGCCACCCGCAGUGCCUGGGCAGCUGCACUGUGCCCGACAACGACAGGGCCUGUGCUGCCUGCCAGCACUACUAUCACGAGGGCCGCUGCGUGGAGGACUGUCCGCUCGGCACGUACAAGUUUGAGGGCUGGCGCUGCAUCACCAAGGACUUCUGCUCCAAGGUCCACCUGCCUGAUUACGACCGUUUCGUCAUUCACGGAGGAGAGUGUAUGUCCGACUGCCCACCCGGCUUCACGCGUGAUGAGAACCGCAGCAGCAUGUUCUGCACUGCCUGUGACGGCCUGUGUGACAAGAUCUGUGAUGAAAAGGUCAUUGACUCGGUGGACGCGGCUCAGUCCCUCAAGGGCUGCACCGUUAUCAAAGGCAACCUGCAUAUCAACAUCCGCCGUGGCACUAACAUAGCCUCGGAGUUGGAGAACUUCCUGGGACUCAUCAAGACGGUGACGGGAUACAUUAAGAUACGUUCGUCACAUGCCCUGAGCUCUCUCUCCUUCCUCAAGAGCCUCAGAUACAUCCAUGGAGAAGAACAAUGGGAAGACAUGUAUGCCUUUGCUGCCUUGGAUAACCAGCAUCUCCAGCUUUUGUGGGACUGGUCCCAGCACAAUCUCACCAUUAAUGCUGGAAAACUCUAUUUCCGCUUGAACCCCAAACUCUGCAUGUCCGAGAUCCGCAAAAUGUGGGAGAAAACGGGAAUUAAGGAGAAGUUUUUGGAAGGAGAUUUCCGCAACAAUGGAGACCGUGCAAGCUGUGGGAGUAAAAUCCUUAAGUUCAUAUCGAAUACCACGAGUAGUAAUAGAAUCAAGUUGACGUGGGAUGGUUUUCGACCCCCCAACUCCAGAGACCUUGUCAGUUUUAUUGUAUACUACAAAGAAGCGCCUUUCCAGAACCUUACCGAGUUUGAUGGUCAGGAUGGUUGUGGAUCUGACAGCUGGAACAUGGUUGACGUGGAUUUACAGGAGGACCAAACCCAGAACCCGGGUGUUACGCUGUCCAUGCUGAAGCCCUGGACUCAGUAUGCUAUCUUUGUUAAAGCUGUAACGUUAGUCGUGGAGGACAGGGACAGGGACAAGGACAGACAGCGUCUUGGGGCGAAGAGUGAAGUGGUAUACAUUCAGACUAAACCAUCAGCACCCUCAAUGCCUGUAGACAUUCGUGCGUACUCUAAUUCUUCAUCAAAGCUGGUGGUGCGGUGGUCUCCACCUGUGUUCCCCAACGGAAACAACACCUACUACCUGCUCCGCUGGAAGCAGCAGGGCGAGGACCGCGAGCUCUACCAGCACAACUACUGCUCUAAAGAACUGAAGAUCCCAAUCAGGAUUUCAGCCACGGGUUUGACAGAAACCGAGGACACCAAACCCACCAAUCCUGAAACAGGGGGGCGGGACAAAGUCCCUUGUUGUCCGUGCCCUAAAACAGAGGAGGAUAUGAAGCGAAUCGAGGAGGACAUCUACUACCGCAAAGCCUUUGAGAAUUUCCUCCACAAUGCCAUAUUCACCCCCAGACCUCCCGACAGGCGACGGCGGGAUCUGUUUGGUGUGGCCAAUGCUACUUCCAUCCACACUCUGUUGGCGGGAAACUGGAACCUGACGGAGGGAAACUUCUCAGAUGAUGAGCCGCCUAGACAGGAAUUUUCCUUUAUAGAGAGGAAGGUGAAGGAGCGUAGCGCUGACAUCGGUGGCCUGCAGCCCUUCACCGUUUACCGCAUCGACGUGCACGCCUGCAACAAAGAGGUUCGGCACUGCAGUGCAGCCGCUUUUAUCUUUUCCCGCACCAAAGCGGCAGAUAGAGCCGAUGACAUUCCUGGCCCUGUGUCCUGGGAACAUCUGGAGGGUUCUGUGUUCCUGAAGUGGCCUGAACCGCAAAAACCCAACGGCCUGAUCCUGCUGUAUGAGAUUCAGUAUCGUCUUGGAACAGAGCCUGAGAAGCAUGAGUGUGUAUCCCGUCAACAUUACAGGGAGCACAAAGGGGUGAAACUCUCCAAUUUGGGACAUGGAAACUAUUCUGCACGUGUGCGGGCUACAUCCCUCGCUGGAAACGGGUCAUGGACAGAACCGAUAGCUUUCUAUGUGAAUCAGGUUAAACAAGCAAAUUAUGAGCACUACCUGUACUACACUAUCAUCCCGAUUUUCCUGAUUUGUUUCCUCGUCGCUGGAGUGGCUUUCUUCUGUUUUAACAAGAGACGAAACAAUGACAGGCUUGGAAACGGAGUCCUUUACGCGUCUGUUAACCCAGAGUACUUCAGCGCAGCAGAAAUGUAUGUGCCAGAUGAAUGGGAAGUGGAGCGAGAGAAAAUCACCAUGUGCCGAGAGCUUGGACAAGGAUCCUUUGGUAUGGUGUAUGAGGGCAUCGCCAAAGGUGUCGUCAAAGAUGAGCCAGAAACCAGGGUGGCCAUUAAAACGGUCAACGAAUCGGCUAGCUUACACGAGCGCAUCGAGUUCCUCAAUGAAGCCUCUGUUAUGAAAGAGUUCAACUGUCACCAUGUGGUGCGUCUGUUGGGUGUAGUUUCGCAGGGUCAGCCCACCCUGGUGAUCAUGGAGCUGAUGACACGAGGAGAUCUGAAGAGUUACUUGCGCUCGCUUCGAUCCGCUGAGAACACCUCCAGCUUGCCUUUGCCACCAUUGAAGAAGAUGAUUCAGAUGGCGGGAGAGAUCGCGGAUGGCAUGGCUUACCUCAACGCCAACAAAUUUGUUCACAGAGACUUGGCAGCAAGGAAUUGCAUGGUGGCAGAGGAUUUUACUGUCAAAAUUGGUGAUUUUGGCAUGACACGGGACAUUUAUGAGACCGAUUACUACAGAAAAGGAGGCAAGGGACUGCUGCCUGUGCGCUGGAUGUCUCCAGAGUCCCUCAAAGAUGGAGUAUUCACCACCAUGUCUGAUGUCUGGUCCUUCGGCGUGGUGUUGUGGGAAAUAGCCACCCUGGCCGAGCAGCCCUAUCAGGGCAUGUCCAAUGAGCAGGUACUGCGGUUUGUCAUGGAGGGAGGACUGCUAGACAAACCUGACAACUGCCCUGACAUGCUGUUUGAACUGAUGCGCAUGUGCUGGCAGUACAACCCCAAAAUGCGGCCAUCCUUCCUGGAGAUCAUCAGCAGCAUCAAGGAUGACCUGGAGGCGUGUUUCAAGGAGACAAGCUUCUUCUACAGCGAGGAGAACAAACCUCCGGACACGGAAGAGCUGGACAUGGAGAACGUGGGAACCAUGGAGAACGUUCCUCUGGAGCCGUCCUCCAGCCUGCAGCCCCUCGCUCCCUCUCUGGCCUCCCCUCAACAGUGCGCCCCUGCGUCCCAGGGCUCCACCACCCCGGCCGGCCCGUCCUCGCCGCCUUCCUCCCCCAGCUCCACGGACAAGCACCCGCUCCCCGCGUCUGCGGCGAACGGGCCCUCGAUGGUUCUCCGGAGCCCGUUUGACGAGACCCAGCCUUACGCUCACAUGAACGGGGGCCGUAAGAACGAGCGUGCCUUGCCUUUGCCCCAGUCGUCGGCUUGCUGAUCGACGGUUUCCGGACACGUCUCUGUCUGUCAAGCCACUGUGUGGUCUCCUGAGAAGAAAUAUGAAAUUAAGAGAGAAGGAAAGACAAAAUGGUACAAACUGAGAGUCAAUCUUUUCAGUCAUACCUCAACGGACAAAGCUUGGAUUUCUUUGUUUUUUGUGUAUUUCGAUUGAAUCGUUGAAUUGAUUGACAUGAACUCAUUUGUUAUUUCCACAGACUGGAUCACUGACUGAAAAACCAUGACCUUCACUCUCGCACUCGAUAGGCUGACUGUUUUUGUUACGUUUUGUUACUUUUCUAAACUUCCAAAACUGGUUUGAAGGCCUAUCAGAGCCAGUAGUGGUACGGUGGCAUUAUUACGGCACGCUCUGCAUAUCUCUAAGCGAAUCCAACGGCGAAGCACUUGUUCUUGUCUUUGUUUCCAAAGACGUGCGUCUAAAUUAGAGAUGUUUUUUCUUCCGCCCGUCUUAGAAGUUCGUUCCCAUGACCCAACUCGGAUCUGGGUACGGAGAUCUUCGGCUUCCGUUUUCUCCAAAUCAUCUGGCUGUGCAACUUGGUGGAGAAGAAAUUCUCAAAUCUGCCAAAUGUCUUUCUUUUCUUUUUUCUUUUUUUAUGUUGCCAAAUUGUCGUUUAAUUCCCCUUGCAUCCAUAUUCCUCAAAAUACACACAACAGUUUUUUUUUUUUACCCUGGUGAUCCAAACCUGCUUAAAGGAAUAAUUCACCCAAAAAUGAAAAUGUACAAAAAAUGUACUCGCCCUCAGGCCAUCCACGAUGCAGAUGUUUCCUCCUCGGAACAAAUUUGAAAAUCAUUACAUCACUUUCUCACCAAAGGAUCCUCUGCAGUGAAUGGGUGCCGUCAGAAUGAGACUCCAAACAGCUGAUAAAAACAUCUCAAUAAUCCACACCACUCUAGUCCAUCAGUUAACAUCUUGUGAAGUGAAAAGCUGCUUGUUUGUAAUAAAAAAUAAAUAAAUUCAUCAAGGUGUUUUAAUUUCAAACUGUUGUAUCCGGCUAAAAUACGAGUCCAUAAUAACACUUGCUCCAGUUACUUGUGAAUUAUUGUGAUGUUUUUAUCAGCUGUUUGGACUCUCAUUCUGACGGCACCCAUUCACUGCAGUGGAUCCAUUGGUGAGCAAGUGACGUAAUGCUACAUUUCUCCAUGAAGAAACAAACUCAUCUACCUGAGGGUGUGUUCAUUUUCAGCAAAUUUUGGGUGUACUGUUCCUUUAAAAACAAUCAAUAGAGAGAUAUUUCCCAGAUUCCCACUUUUCUUGCUUAGGGUUAAAUGUAUUUCGCACGGAAUACUUCAAAAGUCGAACAACAGAUGCAGCAGAUGUUAAAGAAACUUUAAAAGGGAUUCGGAUAAAAAAGAAGCUGAAAAGUUUUAAAAUUGUGGCUUUAUGGAGUUGAAAUGUUCACAGCAAUUCUCUCGCUUGGUUGUUCAGUCGUACGUCGGACCACAGAGCGUGUGCAUCGUUUGUCGAUCACUUUUGUACCUUUUUUACAGUUCAGAUUGAUCAUCUAUAUGUCUGUGCUAAAAAAAAGCUGCUAUUUUGUUAUUGUUUUUCUUUUGUGGUUGUAAUAUAUAUAUACAUAUAUAUAAAUGUAAAGAGAUUUUUCAGGUGUAAUCCUUUGCCUUUCCACUACAGUCCAUUUUAUGAUGCUUAUAGUUCUGCAAAAUGAGAAAAACAGUAGGGGGUUCAUCCUAACAGUUGAGUUUUGCAAUGAAAAUUUGUUUAAUCCCUUCUGUUUUGAUAGAUUAUCUCUCUUUAAAAGCAAAACACACUAUCUUCUGUCUUUAUGCCAUUAACGGCGGCACCCAGCGACGUGAUUCUGUAACAACUCGACACUGUGUCUCUCAUCACAUUAAUGCGCAACAAAUACUCUCAGGUCAAGAAUCCUAAAAGUUUCGGUCUCAGACCCCGAUGUGUUCUUGUCUUGCUAUUCAUUCCUCUUUAAUCAACAGAGUAUGACUUAAAAUUUGGCAAAUUUUGGAUUGAUUUCAUUGCUUAAACUUCGACUUCUUUACAUUGAUUGUUCAGCCUUAUUUGUGACUGAUCCUGCCGCCCUUUGAAGGCCCUGAUCUUAUAAACUCUGCGUUUCCUUCCUUCCGAGCAGAGCCUGAUAAACCAUUAUACAGAUAUGAUUCAGCAUAUCUCUAUGCAGAAGUUGUGUUUGUAACAUAGAUGACUUAUAUCGAUUUAAGAAACAGGUUUGACUAUGAGCGCCAGUUUUUGGGACCUUUUUUUUUUUUUUUUUUGAAGGAUUUUUCAAAGGAAAAACUCACUUUUUCUUUUUCCCCCAUCCUGGCCUUUUUUUCUUUUCUUUUUCUUUUCAUUAUUUAUUUUGAUUUCUUUUUUUUUUUUUUGUGAUACAUUUAUAAUCACUGUAAAACCUCCCCUUGAUUACAUUUUCGGUAUUUUUAUAUGCUUUUUUUUUUUCAUGACAUGGGGACUUUUUUUUUUUUCCUUCAGACAUUUAUCUACCUCACUCUUUUUUUAUGUACCUAUAUAUAAAGUACAUCUGACCUUUUUCAUGAAAAGGACAAUUUUACUGCUCUCUGUAUCUGGGUAAAACCUCAUAAACGCUACAAACCACAAUCUCGGAGUGGAGAAAUUACCGAGUUACGGACAUUUUGUACGACUAGCUGCUUUCUUUCCUACCGGAUCUUGCUUAAAUUUGUUUAUUAUUUAUUUGUGAGAUUAAACCAAGAACAGGUCUGACUCCAAAUGUGCUGGAAUGUUGUUUAAUGAUGUUUAAUUUAUCCAUCUUUUAACUUGGGGGCAAAGGUCACUAGAUGGAAUAAUUAGAAUGGAUUUAUUUUUCAGUUAUAUACUGGUUCUGGUCUCCUCUCCCUUUCAUGUCUCUGAAAUCCCACUGUUGGCAUUGUUCUGUUUUCCUUUUUUUGUUACGCAUUCAUUGGAAUUUUACAUUUGCAUCAGAAACCAAAUGUUCAUUGAAACAAAACCUUUGGGUAUAAACAGAUUUACAGUUUUUCGCUGCUGUCAGGUGCAUCAAAUGUGCAUUACGAAGAGUUGUCUUGAGUUAUAUGAAUAUUUUUUUAAUUAUUAGAAAAAAAAAUCAAAACAAAAUAUAAGCACGCAAAAUAGCAAACAAACCAUUUGGGUGUAAUUUAAAUGAAUCAGAUGUGAUAUAAAUGUAAAUGGUUGGAGAAAUGCUGGAAUUUUCUUCAUGUCGUAUUUCACACCAGUUUAUUGUUCAUGCAGAUAUUGAGCUGAUUAAACUGAAAUAAUAUUCUGUGAAAUAUGUAAAUCCAGAACAAGAUAUUCUUGUAAAUAUCCAGAAUUUUUCACUCAAAUAUCUUUAUAUAAGGGAAAUGUUUAUAAUUGCGAAGUGUUUUGGAGAAAAACAAGAAAAACGAUGAUCGUAUAGUGCUACCAAUGUUACGUCCUUCCAAUGUUGGUCAUUUUCCCUGCUUUUUUUUCAUGGUUUUUGUUACUCACACCGUCCUAAUGCUCCUCUCUGAGCCGUAACACCCGACCAAUGGCUGAUUUCUCAAUUCCAGAUCUGUUAACUAUGGGCUAGAUAUUCUCAGGGCUGAAGGUGGCCGUCAUAGGGACGGGCGCUCACUUGUACCCUGCUGCUGGAAACUGCUGCUCUCCAUCAUCUCACCAGAUGCUCGUUCUGAAGUCCAGACUGUUAAAGUGUGCUCUGUGAGUGUGUGAGGGUUGAGAGGAGAGCAUUAGAGGUGUUCCUGAUCUGAUGGAGCCAUCUAGAACGUGAAGAAGGGUUGGGUUGUGUUGUGUUUCAUGUCAUUUCAUUUCACUCCUUGAGCAUAAUGUUUGGUUGUUCAGUUGAGACGUGUUGGAUAUGUAUGUGUUGGUAUAUAAAGAGGGUUACAGAUCCAGAAUGGGAGGGGAGAAUGGAGUAAGUUUUGUGGUCCAAGUCUGUUCAAACCUGGCUGUUCUGAUUAAAAAAAGGCACUUAUUAACUUUA